GGCGGGGAGGUAAAGCAGAGAUGGCGUCUGAACUGCUGACGCCGGCGGUGGUGAUGCCGUCCGAGGUGCCGACGCCGGCGGUGGUGAUGCCGCCUGAGGUGCCGACGCCGGCGGUGGUGAUGCCGUCCCCGCCAGGCGCCACUGUGCUCGGCCUAGUCGAGCCACUGGCGGGCGGCCCGCGCCUACAGACCGGCACGGUGGAGCUCGGGGCGCCGCCGCUCGCCCCCAUCUACUGCCUGGUGUGUAACGUGCAGGGCCUGGACCAUGUCUACUGGAACAUCCACGGCUCCUUCACCAACACGAGCAGUGCCGUGCUGGCUGACAAGAUCCUGGAGUGCGUUCAGAGCAGCUUGCGUGCCGCCGAGCUCGGCCGGUACUCUGAGUACGUGUGCAGUGGCUGCGCCGCGCAGCUUAACCUGGUCGACGAGUAUGAGACGGCACUUUCGCGCAUCCGCGCCGACUUCAAGCAAAAGUUUUGGCAGACGUUCAUUGCGCGCGGCCAGAUCUCCGUGUCGGAGGUGUCGCGUGUCGCUGACGCUGGGACGCAGGCGCCCGCGCGCGGCCCGCUCGCACCACCGGCGUCGAAGGCGGACGCCGACGUAACUGCGCCGCCGGCUGUCGCGGAAGGCACACUGCCUUCGAGUAACGCUCGGCGCCGACUGCGGACUGGCGAAGGGCCUGUGAAGACCGAGCCGGCCGCGGCGGCGGACGCGGCGUUACACCCGGAGACACCGCUGAAGAUGGAGAUCACCGAUAUCGAUGACCUGGUGACCGAGCCCCCAUCAGAGCGUCGCCUGCCGCACGCCUCGUCGGCGCCGCCGGCUGUCGUCGCCGACUCGGAUGACCCGGGCUCGCCUCGGCCGGACGAGUCCAAGGCCGAGGGGACGGCGGCACGGCAGCGGCCGCCGACCAGCCGGGCCAAGACGCGCACGGACUGGACUGAGGUGGACAAACACUACCGUAAAGUGGUCGACCCGGACGACGGUGGCGCCGAGCGCUUCCAAUGCAUCGUCUGUCUGUCCAAGAUCAAGGACCGGAAGGAGGUGCGGAAGCACGUGCGCCGCCACUUGGGCAUGAUCAAGCUGCUUAAGUGCGGCUACUGCGACUACCGCUGCUACCGGCCCAGCAACCUAGUCAUCCACGAGCGGCGGCACACUGGCGAGCGGCCCUUCACCUGCGAGGUUUGCGGCACCGGCUUCAAGUCCAACGACAGUCUGAACGUGCACCGGCGCACGCACACGGGCGAGCGGCCCUACGAGUGCCCCGACUGCCACAAGCGGUUCACGCAGCACUCGUCGCUGCAGAUUCACAAACAGGUGAUGACCGCUGCCGACGGCACGGCCGCCGUGCUGAGGCGUGGUUGUUGGGCACGGCCGAACACGGGGCCGGCUGUUGCAGACAGUGAGCUGGCCGUGCUCCCGUGGUUAUGA